AUGCCCUACAUCCCAUGGCUGCGCAUCCCUGCUUUGGCUAUGCAGUCCCACCCCAUUUCCAACCUUUCGCCUCCUGCCCACGUUGUCCAAUCUCGCCCCUAUCCCCAAGCACAAAGACCACACGAACCCACGAACCAUGGUCGGCCCAUCUCCACUCGUCCCACUCAUCCACCGAUCGGCGGUCUUGGCAUCAAGGUCCAACAAAGAAACCGCGCCAGCCACAUCCUGCGUCUCGACCACCUACACGAAAGAAUCGGCCGAUUCGAGCGUCGCAAGCGGAUAUCGGUCCAGGAAUCACACCGGAAAUUACUUCUAAACUCCGGUCCCAACGUCAUGGACGGCUGCGUAGCCCCUGUCUAG